GCCCAACGCUUGAUUGUUUGGUCAAUAUUAGGGUUGCGUUAGGGUUGGGUUUUCCAUCACAGAUCUCACCCGAUUACAGUAUUAUCUCUUCAAGAUCGUCUCUCUGAAUACAUAGUCGGUUUUCUGAUCAUCAAUCAACGAGUUUCUUUUCGAAUCGCAUACGAUUAUGGAGAUGGAGCGUGUUACGGAGUUUCCCAUGGGUCAAUUGGAUCUCAGGCCGAGGAAGCGACAAAGAUUGGGCUGGGAUGUGGUUCCUCCACCACCGAAGGCUCAGCUAGGAUUAUUUUGUGGACAAGAGAUUGGAAAUGUUGCAAGCUUUGCACCUCAGCGAGCACCAUCAGACCACAUUAGUUCUCCCCUUGUUAAGCGUGUGGCUCGAAAUGCUUCUCCCCCAUGGCGCCAAGAUGAUAAAGAUGGUCAUUAUGUGUUUGCACUUGGAGAUAAUCUAACUUCCCGAUAUAAGAUUCAUGGGAAAAUGGGAGAAGGUACAUUUGGGCAAGUAUUGGAAUGUUGGGAUAAGGAAAGAAAGGAAAUGGUGGCAAUAAAAAUUGUUCGUGGUAUAAAGAAAUAUCGUGAGGCAGCAAUGAUAGAGAUUGAUGUGUUGCAACAACUUGGUAAACAUGACAAAGGAGGCAAUCGUUGUGUGCAAAUAAGGAACUGGUUUGACUAUCGUAACCAUAUCUGUAUUGUUUUUGAGAAGCUUGGACCAAGCUUAUAUGAUUUUCUACGCAAAAACAAUUAUCGCUCAUUUCCCAUUGACCUAGUUCGGGAGAUUGGCAGACAACUCUUGGAAUGUAUUGCAUUUAUGCAUGAUUUGAGGCUGAUUCACACUGAUUUGAAGCCUGAAAACAUACUUCUUGUGUCUCCAGAGUAUGUGAAAGUUCCUGAUUACAAGGGUUCAUCGAGGUCACCAAAAGAUAGUUCUUUUUCUAAAAGGGUUCCGAAAUCGAGUGCUAUUAAGGUGAUUGACUUUGGUAGUACAACAUAUGACAGACAGGACCAAAGCUACAUAGUGUCCACACGUCACUAUCGUGCACCGGAAGUUAUAUUAGGGCUUGGAUGGAGUUAUCCAUGUGAUAUAUGGAGUGUUGGUUGUAUUUUGGUGGAACUUUGCUCGGGGGAAGCAUUGUUUCAAACACAUGAAAACUUGGAACAUCUUGCAAUGAUGGAGAGGGUUCUUGGCCCAUUGCCUACACACAUGUUAAAGAAAGCAGACCGACAUGCAGAGAAAUAUGUUCGGAAGGGAAGGUUAGAUUGGCCAGAAGGGGCUACAUCAAGAGAAAGUAUUAAAGCUGUGAUGAAGCUACCUCGGCUCCAGAAUUUGAUAAUGCAGCAUGUAGACCAUUCAGCAGGGGAUUUGAUUCAUCUGUUGCAAGGGCUAUUAAGAUAUGAUCCUUUGGAGAGGGUAACAGCACGUGCAGCAUUAAGACAUCCUUUCUUCACCAGGGACAAUCUCAGUAGACGAUACUAACAAUAUGAAAACAAAAUAUGUGGUGGUCAAUAUACACACGGAAGGAAGGAAAGAUGUUUUUGCUGUAGAUAUUUUUAUUACCCGUGAAGCUCAAGGGUAUGUUCUGUGUUCCUACUGCUCUGCUGUCACACAUCUCAUUGACCACCUUGAAAGUCAAGUUUAUGUACAAACAAACAAACAAACAAAAUGUAGAAAAGAAAAGAGAGGCCUAACUAACUCUUCCUAGCCUAGGUGGUAUGUAUGGUGUUAUGAUAUGAUAUGGUGUUUUCAUGAUAAUCAUUCAAUCUGAUUGAAACCAAGCUUGUUUUCAUGUUUUGUACUCUAGCUAUUGUCUAUUGAUGGUGGGUAAUGGAAAUUGUUUUCUUUA